AUGGCCGACGGCGAGCCCUCCGGCGCGUACAGGGAGUUCAAGGCGCUGGUGGAGGCGGCGGACCGCAAGUUCGCGCGCGCGCGCGACCUGCCGCUCUACGGCGGCGGGGACCACCACAGCCGCAAGGCCUUCAAGGCCUACACGCGCCUCUGGCGCCUGCAGCAGGACCGCCGCCGGGACCUCGUCGCCGCGGGCCUCCGCCGCUGGGAGAUCGGCGAGGUCGCCUCGCGGAUCGGCCAGCUCUACUACGCGCGCUACCUCCGCACCGCCGAGCCGCGCUCGCUCGUCGGCGCAUACGUCUUCUACGAGGCCAUCUACAGCCGCGGCUACUUCGCCGCCCCCGCCAACGCCAACGCCUCCGCGGCCGCGGGGGGCGGCGCCAAGCACCAGGGCCUCCUGAUCCGCUACAAGGAGCUGCGCUUCAUCGCCCGCUUCCUCGUCGUUGCCAUGCUCAUGCGCCGGGCCGAGGCGGUGGACCACCUCGUCGCCCGCCUCCGCUCGCUCGUCCAGGAAUCCAAGUCGGCCUAUCCCAAAACCAACUUCAAGGAAUGGAAACAAGUGCUUCAAGAGCUUGAGAGAUUCUUGAAAGCUGAUGGAGCAUACAAGGGAUCUAGAUCACUUAGAUACGACAACUUGUUUGAUUCUUAUGCAUCAAACCUUGCAUCAAUAGCAAGAUUCCAUUCGAAAAGAGUACUGAAACUGAAGGAAGCUGUAUUGACAAGUUACCACCGAAAUGAGGUCAAGUUCACAGAGCUAACUUUGGACACUUUCAGAAUGCUACAGUCUUUAGAAUGGGAGCCCACAGGGUCUUAUCAGAUAGCUGUUAAAGAACUUACAGAAAAUGGCACUAUGAGUGAUCAGAGUGGACCCUCUGGUCUGAUCGAUAUUCACCUUUCUACAGAGAUCUCUGAUGGAAAUCUUCCUUCAAAUCCUCAAAGAGCAAUCAUAUAUCACCCUACAGUCUCUCAUCUUAUAGCGGUUCUUGCCACAAUCUGCGAGGAGCUUUCUCAAGAUAGCAUUUUGCUCAUUUAUAUAUCAGCAUCAGGCCUUGCUGAUCAGAAUGCUUAUCAAAAGUAUGCAUCUAGCUCCACAUCACGCUCAAGGCCUGCUUCUGCUUUCUUAAUCGAUAAGCCAAAUUCACAUGCCAGUUCAGAUGAUCAUGUAUGGCUUGGUCCUCGUGGAAAUGGUGGUCCAAACAAUCUUUAUCCAGAAGAUCUGAUACCAUUUACAAGAUAUCCACUUUUCCUUGUAAUUGACAGUGAAAAUAGCCAUGCAUUCAAGGCCAUACAUGAUGCAGAGAAGGGAGAGCCAGCUGCCUUACUUCUUUCUCCCAGGAUUGCAUCGGCCAUGCCUGGUGUAGAAUCUAUGGGCAAUGGAGGUCAAUUUACAUACUUCCUGACUGCUCCGAUGCAAGCGUUCUGCCAAUUAGCUGGAAUAACUUCCGACAUUGACAGCGAUACAUAUGCUAAUGCGGAGAACAUACUUUUCUCUGCUUUGGAACAGUAUGAAGAAAUCCUCAGCACGUCUGUCGGAUUGAACAUUGUCUGGGGUCAAAUUUUACCUGAUCCAUUUCUCAGGCGCCUGAUUCUCAGUUUAUUUUCUGUCGAGCAGUCUUCUUCUAUUUUCAUGCUGAGGAGCACGGUGAACAUCUACCAAGCUGCUUGCCCAGUCUCCCCGAGUCUGUCUCUCCAAACGCCAAAGCCAUCAAGACUCCCAUCCUUCUGCUUGCAGAAAACCUUGUUGUCAGCAAUCGAUUUCAUUUCGGCAACAGGACAUGAUGAUCAAGUGCAAUAA